AUGUCGACAAAUCCAAAUCAUCCCGACAUCCACAAAGUCCUUUUCGAUGAAGGUCUUAAAGUGCGCUGUGAAGUCGUAGGUGAUGACUACGUCGACCGUGCCCUGGCCAAUGGCUCCACCGAAUUCUCUCGUGCUGGUCAAGAGCUGGUCACCGAGUUUUGCUGGGGAUAUGCGUGGACUCGUCCUGGUCUAGAGCGCAAACAGCGUUCACUAAUCAAUAUUGGCAUGUUGAUGGCGCUCAACAGAUCACCCGAAUUAGCGGUGCAUGUGAGGGGUGCUGUUCGAAACGGAUUGACCGAAACCGAAAUCAGGGAGGCUAUUCUACACGCAACCACAUACUGUGGUGUACCGGCGGGUGUUGAGGCAAUGAAGAUUGCGGAAAAGGUUCUUAACGAGAUGGCCGAGAAGGGCGAGCAUGUUCGGGAUUUGGGAAAGAAAGUCACAUUAUAA